UCUGCAUUGCAAGUAGUAGAGCAGCAAGUGGUGGCUGUUUUUUUUCUUUUCUUCCCCCAACCUGUUUUUGUUUUUUUUCCACGAGGUCGGCGAACAAGAAGACGGAGGAGGAGAAGAAGAAGAAGAAGAACCGUGCCGGGGAAGCACAGAUUUGUUUUCUUUUUCAAACGUCCCGAGCCGAGUCUCAAAAAAGAAGAAAGGAACCGGAGAAGAGGAGGGGAAGCGAAGCCGGGAGGAACACAAGGCAGCAAUGGAUAGCAGAGUGGCUCAGCCUGACCCUGGGAUGGCACGGAUUCACACACAGCUGCUGGCGGCCAUCCAGCACACACACUGAGGCUGCAAAACACACACCAAUGAGUAUCGGUGAUGCGUCUGCAGAGUGAGGUGGGCCCGUUGGAGUGCCGGUGGUUACAGGGCAGCAAUGAGUUGCUGCAGAGCGGGGCAGCUCUCAUGUGUUUGCUCUGCCAUGCUUCCUGGGUAUGGACUCUCGCCUUUUCCUGACUUCCAACCCCACCUUCACGCGUUCCGCUGCCGAGGAGAAGGUCCCAGCAUGUGGAUCGCUGGCUCAGGCGAGUCCCCGGCUCCGAGCGAGGCCCCGGAGGACCGGCCUCUCCUCCACCCGUGCCUCCACGAGCACGACGCCGUGUGCCAGCAGGAGACGUUGGCUUUCAUCGAGCUGCAACCGCCGCCGGCGACCCCGAAACUGAACGGUCUCGUUAUCGACACGGAGACGCGAUGCACGCCGCCGCCGCCGCCGCCCUUGAACGGCUUCACGCACACACUGAACGAACUGAACUCGAACUCCUCUGAGCCCGAAUGCCACAAUGGCGUCCGCAGGACUUCUUUGCAGGAGCAGACGGAGAGACCCGGCGCCGUGACGACGGUGUGCCGUCCUCUCCACGCCGCUCUCAGCCUCCCGCUGACGUUCCCGCUGUCCUGUUUGCGCGCCGACAGAAACUCCUGGGAAUCUCGGCUGCGCUGCUCCUCGUCCUCGCCUGAACUCCCCGUGUUUCAGAGCCCGGACGCCUGCCAGCUGCAGAGGAGGACGUCACAAGGUUCAGUGAAAGAGAAGUCUAUCCGGCGGAAGAUGCAGGUUUAUUCGCCGGACGGCCAGAGCGACGAAUCUCUCGGCAGCCCGAUCCUGGACGCGGACUACAUCUUCCCGGGACCGUUUGCAUCUUUCCUGGAGGAGGACCUCAGCGGAUUAUCCUCCCUGGAGGCCGAUUCGAGGCCUUCGUCCACAGACGGUGUCACCGAUGUCCCGAACUUCUGCCGCGAUGAUAUUUUCAAUCUCCCCGAGGAGCCGCUGCAGAUAAUAGAGGACUCGAUGGCGGCGGGGGAAGACGUCGGAGGGAGCGGAGAGACGUCGAGCGGCGGCGGUGCCGCGGCGGGGGGGAGCUUUUUGUCCCGCGGCCGUCACGGGGAUCAAGAGCGGCGGCGCUUCUCGGCCUCGGAACUGAUAUCGAGGCUGCAGCUCUCUCAGAGGAAGAGCUCCUUCGCCUUGAAGCUGGGGAAGUCGCUGUCGGCGCGGGUCGCCUCCAGAGACAGGCAAGGCUCCGUCGGCCUCAGCCCCAACGCCGCCGACCCUAAGUCCACCUACAGGCACCGCAGUACCGGAGGCUCUGGUGACGGCGCCCCCCACAGCUCCGUCGUACCCGCGCCUCCUCCGCCCAGCGGGGACAACGGCCUGCCUUUGCAUCGAUGGAGCACAAAACUCGGAAUGAGAAAUAAAUCCAUUGAGGAGGACUUCUGUACACUUCCAACUGUUGCGAGUUCAAAUCGGUUAUCGCGCUUUUUGCCUAGUUCUAUUCUGUACCAGGAAUACAGCGACGUGGCCAUCAACAGAGAGAUCCAGAGGCAGCAAGGGAAGGAGCCGGGCACCGAGGAGGAGGGGCUCCGGGACGAGUGUUCGGACGGGACCCCGUCUCCCUCCAACCUGUCUCCGUCCAGCUCCUUCCGCUCGUCGCGGGGCUCGGCCUUCGCGCUGUGGCAGGACAUCCCCGACGUCCGGACCAGCGGCCAGCUCGACAACUUCAGCAACGAGGAACGGAAACUACAGGAGGCGAAGUUCGAGCUGGUGACGUCCGAGGCGUCCUACAUUCGUAGCUUGACGAUCGCGGUGGACCACUUCAUGUUGUCGCAGGAGCUCGCCGAGUGUCUCGGCGCUCAGGACAAGCAGUGGCUGUUCUCCAAGCUGCCUGAGGUCAAAGGUGUCAGUGAGAGGUUCCUUCAGGACCUGGAGCACCGGCUGGAGGAAGACAUUCUGCGCUUCGACGUGUGCGACAUCGUCCUGGAGCACUGCCCGGCUCUGCGAAGGGUUUAUUUACCUUACGUCACCAACCAGGCGUACCAGGAGCAGACGUACCAGCGUUUGCUGCACGAGAGCCCUCGUUUCCCCGGCAUCCUGGCUCGUCUGGAGGAGGACCCCAUCUGCCAAAGACUUCCGCUGACCUCUUUUCUGAUCCUGCCGUUUCAGAGGAUCACGCGGCUCAAGAUGCUGGUGGAGAACAUUUUAAAGAGGACGACUCCAGGCUCCCGAGAUGAGGACACCGCCACGAAGGCUUUCAAUGAGCUAAAAAAGAUCAUCAAAGAAUGUAACUCCAGUGUGCAGUCAAUGAAGAGGAUGGAGGAACUUAUUCACCUCAAUAAGAAAAUCACUUUCGAGGGAAAGAUCUUUCCUCUGAUCUCUCAGUCCCGCUGGCUGGUGAAGCACGGCGACCUCCUGGAAGUGGACACGCAGACGAUGAGCAUCUCUGGGUCGAAGCUCAAGCUGCCCACCAAGCCGGUGUACCUCCACCUGUUCAACGACUGUCUGCUGCUGUCCCGGAGGAAGGAUACGUGGAAGUUCAUGGUGUUUGUGCACGCCAAGAUCGGAGAGCUGAAAGUGAAGGACCUCAGUCAGAAGCUGCAGGGCAUCUCCGGCUUCAUCUUCCACUUGCAGCUGUGUGAAGGCCGGCAGCUCAAACACCAGAUCCUCCUCAAGUCGCACACCGAGAGCGGGAAGCAGAGAUGGAUCACAGCCAUGUUUCCGUCUGAUCCGCUCGAAGACAUCGAGCAGGCCAGUGAGAACGACGAUAUAUCCCAGGUUCAGUGCAUCAAAAGCUAUCAGGCCCAAGAGCAUGACGAGUUGACGCUGGAGAAGGCCGACAUUCUCCACGCCAAGACCAUAACGAGUGACGGCUGGGUGGAAGGCAUCCGACUGUCCGACGGGGAACGGGGCUGGUUCCCCAAAACCUACGUGGAAGAAAUCACAAGUCGCAGCGCUCGCCUCCGCAACCUGCGGGAAAACAUCCGCAUCAAGUGUGUCACGCAGAAACUGGAGGGGGAAGACUAACCGCCGUCACUGGAGACGCUUCACGUGUCAAAAGGUGUGUCACUUUUAAGCCUCUGGGAUCUUUUUCGUUUGACUUCUUCAUGGACGUGGGACCUGCUUCUUGAAUGCGGAGAGCGACAACAAGCCGACACUUGUGUCCGCGUGAGCGGUUUAUCUUGAGCAAGCAAAUUGAGUUGAAACGAGAGCGCACGAGCUAACAUCGGCUUUUAUACCAAACGAGUCACGUUCACAUGAGGACUUUUUAUGAGUGGGAGCAAUCACGUUAUGCAUUCUUUCUGUGAAUGCGUUUUCUUUUCCAUUUUUUAAAGUCUGAGAAACAGGGUACGUUUCUCGGCUCACGUCGGAUUCCGUAUUUUUGGGCCGUCUUGUGCCGUCACUCACGUGAUGAUGCAACAGCGGAAGGUCGCCUGAGGCAGAUGCUUCUCUUGAUCAGGGGCCCGUCAUCUUUCCAUCGCUGUUCACACUUUCAUUGUCAGAGGAUAGGAAAAGAAAACCUGAUUUAGUGUUUUUAAUCCAUCCAAUAUCGGAUGCACUACAGUGUGCAGGAGUUAAUUUCCUUCCAUGUGAGUUGUUAAACAUCCUUGCCUCUUUUAUGAAAGAGGAGGUCCAGACAAGGAUACUGAAGGAUGGGAGGUUUCAUUUCUUUCAAAGGUGUUUUCACGAUUCCGCUGUAACAAAUGAAGGACAGAUUACCCCGUUAACGAGGCCACGCUACACAAAUACCGUAUGGAUUAAGAUGACUAUAUUCUUCUAUUUGUGUUAUUGUCAACAAAACAAACAAGUUAUUUCACUGACAAGUAUUGCCUGUGUAGCUAAAGACAGAUAGAUCCUCGUUCUCUCUGGCAUUGGUGUCCAAAAAAACGAUCAAAAACGCAUCAAUGAGCCACACUGUUAAACUGACUUUCCUUCGUCACCACAAACACACCCUGGAGUUAAUCCAGAGGACAUAAACCAUCCCACUGAUGCAAAUACCUAUUACUGCACAGCUGGAAAUAAUCCCCAACAAAUGCACUAUUUAGUCUUGUUGGAGUAACGUUUGCUAAAAAAAAACUACAGUGCCCCUGUGUUUUGAGGGAAUGAUUUUCGCCUUUUUUUAAAUGUUUUUUUAUGUUUUAAUCUCCAGUGGGAACAAGUUGAGCUUGAUGCUGAGUGCCACAGACGCCAUAGUGAUGGUUUGCUUGUUCUUUUCACAGCAUUUGUUGACAAAAUACAAAAUAAUUGUCUUUUAAAAACAAGGAAAUGAACACCUACCAAAAUUCCCCUGCGGACACAUUUACAUUUCCGUGUAGUAAAAGGUUAGCGGUUUGCUUUUAUAAACUUUAACCCCAGUUGAACAAACACUACAACUUUGUUAUAUCCCACUUACAAUGCAGGAACGAGGAGUACCGUCGUACUCUAAGGACUGAAUGACAUUAAGGCCUCCAUUGUCCACAUUGUUCCCCUCAUUAGUUGCACAAAUCCCCAAAUGACCCAAAGCGCAGUGUAACUGAGCUGAGAUCUGUUAUUAAUGAACCACUAUAAUCCACAUUCAAUUGUAAACUCUUCCAGUGGCACAUACAAUGUCUAUAACCCCCUUUUAUUUCCUGUCUGCGUUGUGAGUUGUAAUUUAAUUGUGUAUUUAUACUCCUCUAGCUGGUUGUUCUCUAAGGAGAUUCUGAUGUAAAUGAGCUUAAGUGCAGAUUGCUUUGUGUAUAAAGAGUAGAAAAUGAUUAAUUGACUAUUAUGACUGUAAUUUAUGAGAACAAAGAUUCAACGGGUGUUAUUACAUUCCAUAACUAUAACGUUUUCUGUUUGAUUCCUUUCUAAUAGCAACAUAUAAAUACUGUAAUACACUGGAUGUUUACCGGAUAUCUGCACACUACUGUAAAUGUUUAACCUUUUAAAUAAAUACAGAUACUU